CGGACCAAAACAAAUCAACAAAAACAAUUCCACCGUCUCCUAACCUAAAAAAUCUUUUAACCAGCCAGCUCGAUGGAUCAAUCAUAAUCAUCAGUAAGCCGGGUCGGUCGGAAUUCUUCUAAAAAAAUUAAAUUCUUAUUAAACAAUUUAAAACGGACUAAUUACGGUCUAGCCGAAUAUUGAUACCUAUCACCAUGGAUUGGUCAAAAAAUGUGAAUGAAUUGCGUGGCCUUGGUUGUGGACAACAGACAAAACUUUCCGUGGCGGUUCGAGUUUUUGAAGAUCUAAAACUUGGUAAUGACUAUCUAAUCACAGCAAAACAUGACAGAGAUUUUGAGAUUCUUUAUCUACGAACUGAGGCGGAAGAUUGUCAAGUCUCCAUAUAUCUACCAUUUUUGGAUACGGAAAAAAUUGAUUUUGAACUAAUAAACAAAUUGAGUAAUAAGCUUGGAAAUGAAGAAAAUUCCCAACAUACACAGCAAAAGUCAGUUCGUUUAAGAUUAUUCUUGGCCAUAUGCGACACUUCCUCAAAUGUUCUUUACUACAAUGUAACACAUUUUCUUAAAGAAAAACAGAACUAAUGGCAUUCAAUCCAAUUAAAAUUAAUCAAAUAGAGCUCUGGGUAUGAAGGGCACAUUAAUCAAUUUGACAAAGGUGUUGAUAAAGUUACAUGAAGUAACAGAAAUCAUGAUACACCAGUCAGUCAAAGAGUUUUGAAUAACAACUCAAACUUGCUCAACUUUUACAAGUUCUUUGCUAUGCCAUUCUUUGAAUAGAAAAUAUUGAAUAUGACCUCGAGCUGGAAGAUAUUCGAAAAAUUACGAAAAGUAUCUCUUGAAUUUCAACCGAAAAUAACUUUGUCAUUCCGUUGGUUACAGAAUAUUUCCUUAAUAUCCCAUGAAGAAAAAAAAAAUUUUUGACUUGGAUGAUAUUUAAUAUAGAAAUCAUACCCAAAUUCUACCCUACCUUAGGUUCCAUAAUAAUAGUUUAAAAAAAUUUUAAUUUUUUAUGUGUUCGUAUAUUUUAGUAAAGCUUUACACAGAUGAAUCCAACUAUUUAAAUAUGUUUAUCCCCUUAAUAGUCUUCAGUUGUAGUAAAAAAAAAUAAGUUUACUAUUUUAGAAACAAAUAUUAGACAUUCAAACUCAGAUCCAUGCGUUGUAGCGUGCGCCACGAAAAAAGCGUUUAUUUAAUUUUUGAGUGCAAAAUUUUUUUACAAUGCACAUAUGGUUCGACAUCACACUUCGAGUGCACUUUCAAUAAACAAAAUAUGAAAAUUUUACAAUACACGGAAAAAAGGUAUAGCAAAUUAAUUUCUGUAGGGUGCGUCACGAAUUGACCUUUCACCAAAAAUUUUCUUUUCGAAACUUAAUUUUAAUUUCUUUUCAAUAAUAGCAGCUUUAAAAACAAUUUUAGUGUCAAAUUUUGUUUCAAUUUCAUUAAAACUCAAAAUUGCCAUUUGACUUGUGGAGACCCCAGAGGUCUUAAUAUUGAUUUGAUUUAACUAGAAAUUGGUAAACGAGUCACAUUUAUAUUUUCGAAUACCUGUACUUAAUACGAACCGAAUAUGCAUUCAGAAAAAUAUAGCUGCCAUAUAAGAACAUUUUCUAAUUUUUCUAUAAAUGUCAAAAUUUUUAUCCAAUUUGGCUGAAAAAUGGUAUUCAAAGCACGCUGAUGCCUUCCAAUACCCAUAGCUGUCAUAAGGACCAAUAUCCGCUUUUACUUAUAGAGACCAUAAACUACUAAUCAAAAUAUUAAAUUCGUAUAUAAUUAAAUACUUAUUCAUAAAUUGAUCAAUAAGCAUAAAAUCUCACAUAACUGCUGUUAAUAAACGUUAAAUACAA